UUGAUAACGGCCAGCUGUUUUCUAUUGUUACACGUACAGAUUUACUGCGUACCCUGGCCUUGAUUACGACCUUUAAAUCUUGUUAGUUUAUUGAGUUGGGGGAAAGUUAUAUUCUUGUUACAUUACAUUUGUAUUCAAUUCAUAUUUCAAGUGGUAUAACGACGCAUUUUCCUCGUCCUGGACCAGAGAUCUGAUCUUGCAUCUUGGAUUUGAAAGUUAGAGUGUGACCAACCGGUCGAGCAGAGCCCGAGAGCCAAAGGUGAAGGAAGGCCACGGACGAGGCGAGGGCAAGGAGGAGCUGAAGUUAGACCAUUGUUGACAGACAAAACAACUGGCACGCGAUCGACUACUACUGCUGACGCGUCAGCUGUUCAUCGCCAGUCAGACAAAAGAGGAAAUCGUUUCGCCGUGACAGUACUAUACUUCAAAAAUAGGUCAAACGUGCUCAAUCAGUGUAGACUGUAUAGGUCUUGAAAAUCAACAGGGGUUGAUGUCUGAGAAAGGCCAAGGCAUUCCUGAAAUAAGAGAAUAUCUGUGUGACCAGUCUAACAGCAUGCCCGGUGAGGAUCAACACGGCAUGAUGAAUUAUAGUGGAGCACCGAGCACAGACUCUGGUAUAAACCAUGAAGGUGGAGAUGGGGUGGAUUACCUGAGCUCUCCGGCUAAUGUCAAGAAGUAUCGCAGAGAAGCUCACAAGAGGGUCUUUGUCAACAGGAGUCUCAGCAUGGAGAAAAUCAAAUUCUUUGGAUUCGAUAUGGACUACACUCUAGCAAUGUACAAGUCUCCCCAGUACGAGCAGCUUGGCUUUGAACUGAUUGUCAAGCGUAUGGUUGCCAUUGGAUACCCUCAGGAUCUGUACAACUUUGAAUAUGAUCCAUGCUUUCCUAUCAGAGGUCUUGUCUUUGACAAGGUUUAUGGAAACCUACUUAAGAUUGACACAUAUGGCAAUAUCCUGGUAUGUGUACAUGGCUUCAAGUUCCUUACUUCAGCAGAGAUUGCAGAGCAGUACCCAAACAAGUUCAUUGCCCUCAGAACAGAACAGGAUCGUCUGUACGUCCUCAAUACGCUCUUCAACCUGCCAGAAACCUACCUCAUCGCCUGCUUGGUGAACUAUUUCUCAACUCAGCCAGACUUUGUGGACGGUGACAAGGGGGUGAGGAAAGGCGAUCUCUUCAUGUCUUGGGAGAGUAUCUUCUCUGAUGUCAGGAACACCGUUGACUGGGUUCAUCUCAAGGGUUCCCUCAAGGAUAAAACGGUAGAGAAUCCUGAAGAGUACAUCAUCAAGGACCCAAGAUUACCCAUGCUUCUACAAAGAAUGAGAGACCAUGGGAAGAAGGUUUUCCUUGUGACCAACAGUGGCUACAACUAUACCAAGAAAGUGAUGAAGUACUUGUUUGACUUCCCUCAUGGACCUGCGCCUGGAACUCCUCACAAGAAGUGGUACCAGUACUUUGACAUCACCAUUGUAGAUGCUAAGAAACCAAGCUUCUUUGCCAACGGAACUAUCCUUAGACAAGUUGAUCUCGAUACAGGUUCCCUGAAGAUUGGCAGUCACGUUGGCGUGGCCCAGCAAGGAAAGGUCUACUCGGGAGGAUCCUGCGAUGUCAUCUGUGAGAUGCUCCACGCCAGAGGCAACGAUGUCCUCUACAUCGGAGACCACAUCUUUGGAGAUAUCCUCAAGUCUAAGAAGGAGAGGGGAUGGAGGACUUUCUUGGUGGUACCGGAGGUUGCACAAGAACUCUCAGUCUGGACAGAGAAGAGAACAUUGUUUGAGAGACUGGAAGAGCUGGAUGUGGCUUUGGCAGAGCAGUACAAGAAUCUUGACAGUGCAACCGAGAGGAUUCCAGACAUCAGUAAAGUAAGGAAGGCCAUGCAGACUAUCACUCAUGAGAUGGAUAUGUGUCAUGGUAAACUAGGAAGUCUGUUCAGAAGUGGUUCCAGACAGACCUUCUUUGCCAGUCAAGUACUCCGCUACGCUGAUCUCUACUCAUCAUCAUUCCUUAACCUACUUCAUUACCCAUUCAGUUAUCUCUUCAGAGCACCCCAUCAACUGAUGCCUCAUGAAGCCACCGUUGACCAUUACGACCACUUUGAAGAGGAGCCCCAGGCCAUGAUGUCACCUGCGUUGUCAAGGAAACGGGCUGCCAGCGAUGUCACUGCCACCACCUCACGCAUCCCGAACGGAGAGCAGAAGAACAAGACGUUCAGCUCCCCCAAGCCACCCAUGAUCACCCACGGCCAUGACCAAGAUGAUUAAAGAUGGAACCCACUUACACCGGUAUACGCCACGCCCGAUGUGCCACGCCUUAUGGGCCACGCCCAAUCAUUCAAUCUCACAUCAACUCCUUCCACAUUGAGUAAGAGGGGCAGAAAGCUGAUAAAUGAUGAAUUGUAUUCACGUCUUCCUUCUCCUUUAUACGUUGCCAAUUUAUUUUGACAGUAAGUCAUUUUUAACAAUUGUUGGAAUGUUUUGCCACAUUUUAAUAUGUAAAUGUGUAGCUACUGUUUGCAAUUAUUGUUCACUGCUAGUAGAGAUUUUAAUGCUGUUUUUUAACAUGUACCUAGCAUGUGAUUUGAUUGUACAUUGUUGAUCUGAAAAUAUACAAGGAAAUGUUUUUUAUUGACUCCCAAGAAAUUGACAAGAAUAAAGCAGAUGUAGAUGAUUUAUACUGAUUGACUGUACUGUCUUAGAGGAUAUGAACGUCAAAAAUAGAGAACGCUUUUAACUGUACUUACAGAGCCAUACAUGUACUUUUCUUUUCUUGAUAAAGGCAAGAUUUUACUUUUGUUUUUAUCGUCGUUGGGAUUUCAAUAUAAUUUUUGAAAUAGUUGUGACUUUCCCUUUAGGAAUUGGGCUCAAAUGAUAUGGAAAUAGUCCUGUGAAUUCUUCAACAUGUUGCUUCUGUAUCUUAGGCUUUAUUUUGCAAAGAGUUUUGGAGUUGUUUAGGUACAUUGUGUGUAUGUUGCAAUCUGAAUUUCAUUGCACAGAACUGUACAUUAAGGCUCAUUCAGAUAUGGGCUGGUAAACAGCUGCAAAAAACGCCACACUUUUGUCUGCGUGUAAAAUGAACGGUAACUGUGCGCAACAAAGGACUCUGUGUUAUAAGAUUAAGAAAUGUUAUGCGUAUAACCCUUUAAGUCCUUUAAAAAACAGCGCAGUUUUGUCAUAUCUGAACAAACCUUUACAGGACAAUAUCUGAGAUACAAUAAAUCUACGAGUUCAUCAAAUGAACAAAACCAUGUAUGAUUGUAUCAUACAAAACAAAAUAUACAUACAUGUACAGCUGUAUGUACAAACAUUAUGGAUAUAAGCAUUCUUUUCUUCCUCUUUCAGAGUGUACUUUUGAUAUUGGACAAUAAUAUCUGUGCUUUUCCAUUCUUGUAUAGGGCAUAGCCGCAUAUCACAUUAUGAUAUAUUGUGUGUAUGCACUUCCAAACAACUUGGAAACUAAUUUACUUUACUCUCUCGUUGUUUAUCAGCCCAAAAUAAACAAGACAUCCCUUAUGGAACCAUUUUCUUUUUUGAUAACUGUUUUUGUCAUAGCUAAAUUUCAUGCAAUGAUUUGGCUGUGACCGGAUUUGUUUAAGGGCUAAAUUGAUCCCCCCAACAAAAAUUGAGCUAACUCACAAAAUGAGGAGUGGCUGUAUCAAAGGGGUAAACAGUAGAGAUGGAUGUUUAUGGCCUGUAUUGUUUGCCUUUUAGCUUUAUAUUUCAUGUCAUGUUUAUGCUUCUAACAACUUAUUAUCAUUUUGUGAUUUCUGUUUACUGUUGAUUUUCAUCUUUUAUCAUUUUUAGAAGCAAUAUUGCGUUAACUGAAAUAUAGAUGUGUUACUAAUGGCCAAAUAUUGCUCCAAUGUACUGCUCCUCCAUGAUAAUUCUCAUACGUUGUUUAGUACGGAAUGUGCAUGUAUCUCUGAAAGGAGGUGCUAUGUGGGGCAGACGUUUAGCUGCAUUCAAGUAUUUUGUUUUUCUUCAGGGAAAGCGGCAUCUUUGGUUUUCAUCCUAUAUACCCGUGAUACCAAAAAAGUACCAACAAAAUUGCCAACAUUAUAUUUUGUGGAUUAGCAUAUGCAGAAUACAGUAAUGUCGUUUACCAGUUUUAAACUUUCAUGUUUUUUAUGUGUAUAACGUUUCUUUCUUUGCACUGCAUCUUUUAUACACCCUGCCUUUUUAAAGGUGAUGAUGUGCUUAUUGAUGUUCAAAUUUCAAGCAUUUGAUGAGUGCCUUUAAUUGGAAUCUAUAGCAGCGUGCUUGUAUUGUCACUAAACACAAGUAUAUCUGUGUUAUCAAUGUAAUGUUAAUCCAUGGACUGUUUACUCUGUAAAUUGAACAAUUUCAGCUAUCAGCUACAGGUUCGAUUAUUUUAUCUCAAUAAACCAAUACAAUAUGUUUAUACAAAAAGAAAAGAAUUUGUAUAUAUUAUAGACUUUCAUAGUCUUUUUAUAUAUAUAAGGUAGGGAGAUAAUGUUACCAUUCAGUUCAAUACAUCAUUAUGUUAUGCCUAUGGCAUUACACAAACUCGUACAGCACAAACUCUUCUACUGCCACUGAGUGUAAAAAUGCCUUGUAUAU